AUGGCGGGGUCCGUGGGUCGCGACCGCGCCUUGGAAGCAACCGCGGAGAGCGCUCAGCUUGUUGUGCAGCCAAACCCCGAGUAUGCGCCUCCGCGUUCCCAAGUGCAGGCUCGUCCUGCUGCGUCGGCGCCUGUGCGCCGUCUUGAGCGCGGGUUGUCUCUUCCGCUGCGCGGGGCGGAUCGUCACGCGUCUCCCGAGCAAUCCCGUGCUCCCCUAGUCGUCGCGUCGAAUGCCUUGCCGGCGCAUCAGGAGCGGGGCCGGUCCCCGCCGCCUCGUGGAUAUCGACCCGCGUCCCCUGCGCGUCGCGCCCCCGAGCCGCAUGACUCUCGGCGGCGAUGGGACGAAUAUCAGCGGGAAAUUCAGCAUCGCGACCGCCGCUACCGCUCUUCUGAGAGGUCGCCGGAGAAGCGCUCCCCGCGGGAGCGGUCCCCUCCGCAGCGGACGCCGCGGCCGUCGCCUCCGCGUCGGGGCCGCGGGGCUCAUGCGGGCCGUUGGGAUUCUCGCCGCCGUGAGCAGUCCCCGCCCCGUCCUCAGUCGGCUGGGUCUGGAGGGCGUCGUGGGCGGCGGAAUGGUUAUGCGCGCGGCGGGGGUAGUCGUGGCCAGGGCUCCACUGCUGACCGCGCGGGGAAUAUGGUGGCGGAUGCAGUGCGGGAGGUGGAAGCGUCGGGGGCAGCGGCUCACGUUCACGUGUCUGUGACCACUGAGCCCCCCACCGCACCUGUUGCGGUUGAAGCCGCUCCGCUGCGCGCUCCGACCUUGCGGGAGUAUCUGCCAGCUGCAGCGGCGAGGGGGCCGUUCCGCGGACGCCGCCAAGCCCCAGGUUACCCUGCUCCUCAGAAUACGGUUGGCCAGACUCCGGGCCAGGUGGGGAUGUUUCUGCCGCACGGAGUUCCGACUGCGCCUCUCCCCAGCCGCGCGGGGAGAGAUCCCACGCUGAGCAUGUGCCGGUUGUGGAAUUCGGCGGGGGCAGCUGAGGGGCUGGCGAGCCUGCAGCUGGCGGCGUGUGAGGCCAUGCGUCACACACCGAGCAGCUUUGCUCAAGGGCCCCAAGGACAGUGCGUCGCUUGGGCAGGAGAGAUUGUCCCCCUUUUAUCGCCCGUGUCGGAUGCGCCCGCCGGGGAGGAGGAGGAAGAGAGGAGGAUGCAGGAGGAGGAGGAGCGGAGGGAGAGGGAGAGGAUAGAGGAGGAGGAGAGGAUGGAGAGGAUGCGAAUAGAGGAGGAAGAGGAGGAGAGGAGGGAGGAGGAGGAGAGGAGGAGGGUGGAGGAGGAGAGGAGGCGAGGAGACGAGGUGGCAGCAGAAGCGCAGAGGCUGCGACAGAUGCUGCUGGAUGAGAGAGGGCGCUCUGCUGCAAUGCGUGCGGCCGGAGGCAGGGAGCACGGAUGGGAGGAUGAGAGAAGGCCGAGGGACGACGAGAGGAGGGGCAUGGAAAGGAGGGGCAGACCCCUAGCCCCACCAGCCGGUCACGGCCGAACGAUGGUGGCAGGGGCAGUGGGAGGGACAGUGGGAGGGACAAUGGGAGGGACAGGAGGAGCCCUUACAGAGGCAGGGAUGGGCGGAGCCCCUACAGGGGAAGGGAUGGGGGUAGUCCGUAUAGGGGCCGGGGUGGCGGUGAGAGAGGCAGGGAGCGGAGCCCUUACCGGGGGAGAGGGGGUGAAGGGGAGUGGGGGGGAGGAGAGAGGAGGGGAAAGGAAGAGGGCCAGGCGUGGGGUUGACGAGAUGGAUGAGGGGGAGGGUGGUGUGGGAGGAGGGGCGGUUCGGAAGGGUGGUGAGGGGUUGGUUCAGGGGGGUGGUGGUGAGAGAAGAGAUGGGGGUGAGGAUGAGAGAUGGAACGGGGAGAGGGAUGCAGGUGGGACCGAGCAUGGGCGUGUGGGAGGGAGUGAGAGUGAGGAGGGUCGUGGGAGUAGCAAGGAGAGGAAUGGGGGGAGGCGAGGACGAGGCGGGAGGGAGCAGAAGCAGCAGGAGGAGGAAAAGGAGCAAAAGGAGAUUCGUCGACUAGAGCGCGAGCAAGGUCUUCGGAAGGAGCUCCAGAGACGCAUGGCAGAAAAGAAGGUUCAUGGUUGA